AUGGGCAUCACGGGCCUGUGGGAUGUCAUCAAUGACGCCAGCGAGAUCGUCCGCAUUGCAGACUAUGCAACACGAUUCUACGAACAGCACAAACGACCACUUCGCAUAGCUGUGGACGAGGCAUGCUGGCGCUUCACGAACUUGACCGAAGAACAGGUCAUCAAGAUUCGCCAAGGCGAGCCCGCUGCGAAUCCUGUGGAGAAGACCGUCUUAUGGCGUGUCUUGCGGCUUAUGAAACUCAACAUUCAACUAUUCUUCGUAUAUGAUGGCCCACGAAAGCCUCAGAAGCGUGGUAAGCAAGGCGGGAGCCUUGUGGAGAAGGAACUCGUCAAGCUCUUGCAUCAGCUAUUCGACCACUUGAAGAUCCCAUAUCACCAAGCACCUGGCGAGGCCGAAGCCGAAUGUGCAGCUCUACAACGAGAAGGCAUCGUCGACGCUGUCUGGAGUGAUGAUGGUGAUGCCUUGAUGUUUGGCUGCACUACACUAAUCAAGCAGUACAAGGAAGGCCAGAACAGAAAGAAGGACUACAUUCGAGUCUUCACUGCAGAUGCGCUGAGAGAGAAACACGACUUCAGCCGAGACAGUUUCCUGCUGAUUGCAAUGUUGAGCGGCGGCGACUAUAAUGUGAAGGGUCUGCCGGGUUGUGGGCCUCAGACUGCUCGCCCGGUUGCGAAGGACCAUUGGAGUGUGGCGACUGCUGCGAGAGACGUUCAGCUGAACCAGUUGCCGCAGUGGCGAAAAGCACUUGAGCUCACCCUACGAAAAUGUGGUAAGGUCAUGCAGGUCCCUGCAAGCUUUCCGGACUUCAAAGCACUUGGCCAUUAUCGAGAACCGGCUAUAUCUACAGUUGACCAGUUACACACUCUCAGAGGAUUACGCCAAGGAUGGGACCGCCCCAUCGACCAGCCUUUGGCUCGUGGGACGGCAGAGCAGCGAAGCAACAACGUACGCUAUGGUAUCGUGUUCAAACGUACACGAAGGGCUAAGGUGGUGGACGGUGAAGCGCCGCCUGCGAAGACUGAACGCAAGAUCAUGUUUGCUCCGCUCCUUCUGGUUGAUAUUGAUGGUAUUCAAAAACCUCUCGAGGAAGACUGGAACAUCUGGGCCGGUCAAGAUGGCAGGCAGUAUGAUCCGACAGAACCGAUUGAUUGCGAGAUACUUGAUUGCUUCUUGCGCGACGGGCUUCCCAAGGACUCCGUAGCAGCGUCGCCUACACCGACAAGGAAGAAGCGUAAAGCAGACGACGAUCUAGAAGGCUCUGCACCGAUCGGCGAGACGAUUGUACCCGUACAAUCGUCCAGCCAGCUGCAGUCUACAGACACACCACGAUCUCCUCCACCAGAGAAGCGCGCUCGUGCAAAGAAGAACGUCAAGGAUGGCGAGGUGGUGAAGCCAGCCCACAGGAAGGCGAAGAUGAGACAGACAGCCGAGGAAGAUUUGGUCUCGCCGCCGCCAGUGUUCAGGCUUCCUAGCUCGGCUGUCGCGCCCAGUCGACCGCCAAGACCUUUCCAUGCAUCGUCGUCUCUUGCCUUGUCAAGUGUAGCAACUCCACACGGAUCUGAUCAGAACAUCAUGCAGAAGGCGUACAGCGAUGUAGCAUCAAAGCAAGCCACCAAGAGCGUGGCCCACCAUCCUGCAUUUGCUCUGACGAGAGCGGAAUCGAUCAGAACGAAGGGUUUGAUUCCGCGAAACGAUCAUCCUCGGACCACACCAUUAGGAGCUCUGCAGCCAGCAGCAAAGCGAGAAUCCGGAGAUCCCUACUGCCCUACACCUUCCGGACCAGCAUCGGUGUCCGGCUACAGCAAUACUGAGACAACACUUAAGGCGGGAGAAGUUAUUGAUCCCACUGCGUUGAGGCGAUUGAGAGCCGCGGCCUUCAUCAACAACAUCAGCAGUCGAUCGCCAGUAGCGACUACGUGCCCUAGCAGGAAUGCACAAGAGACGAUAGACUUGACUUGA